CGGAGCUGAGACGGAAGUUGCACAAGUAUAAUUAGUUUCAGUUUUGUUUCUCUUUCACGCACUGGGCAACAGCGGCUUCCAGGCCUUGGCCCCCCACUCCCGGUCCUGGAGCCCAAGGUCAGCUCAGGCCAGCACCGACUUUUCACAUUUGCUGAAUGUAUGCAAGGAGGAGGGCAGCUCCCUAGCUCAAAAGCAAGUGGCCAGAGGCCCCAGAAGACCAGAAGAAAAUUCCUGGCCCUUCAGCAUGGUGUCCCAGGGAUCCUCACCCUCCCUGCUGGAGGCCCUGAGCAGCGACUUCCUGGCCUGCAAAAUCUGCCUAGAGCAGCUGCGGGUGCCCAAAACCUUGCCCUGCCUGCACACCUACUGCCAGGACUGCCUGGCCCAGCUGGCUGAGGGCGGCCACCUCCGAUGCCCUGAGUGCCGAGAGAAUGUGCCCGUGCCACCAGCAGGUGUGGCUGCCUUCAAGACCAACUUCUUUGUCAACGGGCUCCUGGAUUUGGUGAGGGCCCGGGCAGGUGGAGACCUGCGUGCGGGGAAGCCUGCCUGUGCACUGUGCCCUCUGAUGGGGGGUGCGAGUGCCGGGGGGCCAGCCACAGCCCGGUGCCUGGACUGUGCUGAUGACUUGUGCCAGGCCUGUGCCGACGGACACCGCUGCACCCGGCAGACUCACACCCAUCGAGUGGUGGACCUGGUGGGCUACAGGGCAGGGUGGUAUGACGAGGAGGCCCGGGAGCGCCAGGCGGCCCAGUGUCCCCAGCACCCGGGGGAGGCCCUGCGCUUCCUGUGCCAGCCCUGCUCCCAGCUGCUGUGCCGUGAGUGCCGCCUGGACCCCCACCUGGACCACCCCUGCUUGCCUCUGGCUGAAGCUGUACGUGCCCGGAGGCCAGGCCUUGAAGAGCUACUAGCAGGCGUAGAUAAGAACCUGGCUGAGCUAGAGGCUGCCCGAAUGGUGGAAAAGGAAGCCUUGGCCCGGCUGCGGGAGCAUGCAGCCAAGGUAGGGACGCAGGUGGAGGAGGCCGCUGAGGGAGUCCUCCGGGCCCUCCUGGCCCAGAAGAAGGAAGUGCUGGGGCAGCUCCGGGCUCACGUGGAGGCUGCCGAGGAGGCUGCUCGGGAUAGGCUGGGGGAGCUAGAGGGCCGGGAGCAAGUGGCCAGGGCAGCGGCUGCCUUUGCUCGUAGGGUGCUCAGCCUGGGUCGUGAGGCCGAGAUACUCUCGCUGGAGGGGGCGAUUGCCCAGAGACUCCGGCAGCUGCAGGGUUGUCCUUGGAUGCCUGGACUACCCCCCUGUCUGCUGCCCCAGCUGGAGCUCCAUCCUGGGCUCCUGGACAAGAACUGUCACCUGCUAUGGCUCUCCUUUGAGAAGCAGCAGCCCCAGAAGGACAGUGAGAAAGAUGGAGCUGGAAACCAGGGAGGUGAAGAAAACCUGGGCCAGAGGGAGGAUGGAGCCAAGACAGAGAGACAAGGUGGAGUCCAGCCCCAGAGUAGGGAUGGAGCCCAGACCCCAAAGGAGGACAGAGCCCAGCUACCCCAGGAAGAUGGAGCCCAGACUCCAAAGGUGGAGAGAGCCCAAACCCCAAAAGAAGACAGAUCCCAGACUCCCCAAGAAGAUGGAGGAGUCCAGACCCCAAGGGGUGGCAGAUCCAACAAGAAGAGGAAGUUCAAAGGCAGGCUCAAGUCAAUUUCCCGGGAGCCCAGCCCAGCACCUGGGCCAAACCUGGAGGGCUCUGGCCUCCUCCCCAGGCCCAUAUUUUCCUGCAGUUUCCCCACGCGGAUGCCUGGAGACAAGCGGUCUCCCCGGAUCACUGGGCUCUGUCCCUUUGGCCCCCGGGAAAUCCUGGUAGCAGACGAGCAGAACAGGGCUCUGAAACGUUUCUCUCUCAAUGGUGACUACAAGGGAGCCGUGCCUGUCCCCGAGGGCUGCUCCCCAUGUAGCGUGGCCGCCCUGCAGGGUGCAGUGGCCUUCUCAGCUGGCGCUCGGCUCUAUCUCAUCAGCCCUGAUGGUGAGGUGCAGUGGCGCCGGGCUCUGAGCCUCUCCCAAGCCAGCCACGCUGUGGCUGCAAUGCCAAGUGGUGACCGGGUGGCUGUCAGCGUGUCAGGCCACGUAGAGGUGUACAAUAUGGAAGGCAGCCUGGCUACCCGGUUUAUCCCUGGGGGCAAGGCCAGCCGGGGCCUGCGAGCACUGGUGUUUCUGACCACUAGCCCCCAGGGCAAUUUUGUGGGGUCAGAUUGGCAACAGAAUAGUGUGGUGGUCUGUGAUGGGCUGGGUCAAGUGAUUGGAGAGUAUGGGGGACCAGGCCUGCAUGGCUGCCAGCCAGGCUCUGUAUCUGUGGAUAAGAAGGGCUACAUCUUUCUGACCCUUCGAGAGGUCAACAAGGUGGUGAUCCUAGACCCAAAGGGGUCACUGCUUGGAGACUUCCUGACAGCCUAUCAUGGCCUGGAAAAGCCCCGGGUGACCACCAUGGUAGACGGCAGGUACCUGGUUGUGUCACUCAGUAACGGGACCAUCCACAUCUUUCGGGUUCGCUCUCCCGACAGUUAAAGGGCUGGGACUGGGAUGGAACUAGGUGGGACUAGGGAGGGAGUGGGAGGGAGGAGGGAGGCAGGGCUGCCAUGGGUUAUAAUGGCUGAGAGCAUUUUCCCAGAGGACAGAUAUUAGCAACCUUCCAAUGCGAAGUGCCACACUGCCAACCCCUCUUUGGAUGUGCAGGGAUAGGGACCAAGCGUGGUAGCAUGACCAUAGCUCUCAGAAACAGAGGAGGAGGGUUGACAGGGUGAUGGGAGUCAAAUGUGCCUCUUGCUUUUUGUGGGUGACUGCCCUACCCCAUCACCACCACCCCCUCUGCCACUGUUGUUAUAGUUUAAGUUUCUAAGAUUUGUAAGCUUGUCUUGAUUUGUAUUCUUCAAAACCAUUCCUGGUGGAGGAGCCCAGCGAGAGUCUUAGGGAGGUGGGCAGAAGAGUUUGUCAGGCGCAUGCCUUCCGGAAGAGCUGAGAACUGGCUCCCCUCAGACUGGAACAGAAACAAGACAGGUCAAAAGAGGCCUGGGAUUUCGAAUGGCAGGUAAUGGCAUCUGCCACCAUCUAUAGCCAGUAAGUAGAGGCUUCUCCUAUAAUGGCGUCCCUCAGUGCAGAAAGGGGUGGGCUUCAUGGGGGACCAAGUAUACUGAUGCCAGUUGAGGCAAAGCGGUGAUUACCUCAAAGUCUGUAAAGAAAAUGUGCUGCUAGGACAUUGAAUCUGAUAGGGUUGCAAUCUAAUACACAGGGUUCUGAGUAUGAGAAGGGGGACCCUCAGGUCCCCCUGCUACCACCAAGCCAAGAACUAUAAAGGAUGUAAAAUUUCUUCUGUGUUGAUAUCGUUACAUUUUCUGGAGACUAUUUUUAGUUUCCCCUUAGUUUUCCAGCAAAAUUCCUUUUGAGAAAUUUUGGCCUUCAUUUGGCGGAACUAAGGGGUGAAGGAAUUUGUCCUUCAGUAGGCCACUACUGCUAGGAAAAACCCAACCCUGGAGGUCAGGUGUGGGAUUGGGGAGACAAACCAGCCAGAAAGACUGAGAAGUUGUCAGUGGGGCUGGGACGGUGGAGGAGUGAAAACCUGAGGGAAGGGUCUAGUCGGAGGUGAGCCACAACCACUGGUCCUUUGCACAGGCCAUGGCAGGGGUGGAGCUGAAGUAGACAUAUUUAGCCAGGGGCUGUCGGGAAAUGACCUAAGAGAAUCUUAAUGUAGGAAUCAUGGACAAUGGAAUGUUCAUGGGAACCAGAAGGAUUUUGGACAAGUCCAGACGGAAAGCACAGGGUGGGAAAAAAGAAAAUCUUUUUCUGGGGAGGUUACUGCUUGAUAAUUGAAGUGAUAGAGGAAAUUAUCAAUGUCAAGUAGUCCAAUUCAAUCAUAUAAAAAUUUGAAAUGUAUAUGCAGCAAAGAAUAAUGAAGAUUAAAAGAAAACCAAUCAGAUGAGAAAAAUACAUACGUAGAAUUGAUCUGAGUAAGAGCUGAGCCAAGAGAUCUUACUUGGUUAAAGGACCAAAUAGGCUGUAUACUCAGGAGGAAAUGCACACAGGCCAGGACUAGUAAACAAAAAGAUUAAACAAAAAGUCAACCACUUGCAUGCAGCAAAAAUACAUUUAAAAAAUGUCAUGGUUGAAAUAGACUCCUGGUACUAUAAAAUGAUGCUUCCUGGAAGGCAAUUUGGCAAUACUUGUCAAGGGUUUAAAAAAAAAAAAAAAGACUAUGAUACUCAGUUAUCUCACUUUGGGGAAUACAUUCUGAGAAAAUAACUCAAAAGAAAAACAGUAUUUGCACAGAGAUAUCUGUGGCCACCCUAUAAAUUAUAGUCAUUGACUGUAAACUGCUCAGCUGUGGGGACAGCUAAGCAGAUUGUGGUCUAUUAGGACAAUGAGCUACUGCCUUCACGUAUGGCAACUAUGAAAACUAUUUUUAAAAAUAUGAUGUUAUAUGAUGCAAUCAUAAGCAAAAAAAAAAAAAAGAGAGAGAGAGAAUUUGGAAUUAUGAUCACAUAAUGAUAGCAACAAGUGAAAGUAUGUCCGAAUCAUUACUGAGUAGAAACAGGUUUCAAAAUAUGUAAGUAAUUAGUGAUUUGGGAGAUUGGAUUCUUUUUGAGUUAUUUUGUGCUGUUAUUCAUAUAUGCACAUUUCUACUUCAGUUAUUAUUAUCCAUUAAGUAACAUUUAUGCGUGAAUACUUACUUUUAAGAAACACAGUUCUAUAAACGAUAUUCGAGAAUAGCUACUGGAUUUGCAAGUGAAUGUGUCACUCAGCACAAAUGAGACUGUCCUGUUAUAGGAGGGGCAGGAGUCCGGGGGAGAGUACCAGUUAGCUGGGGCAUGACAGGGAGGAAGGGCUGGCUGUCAGAGCAGGGGCCUGUCUAGUGACUGAUGAAGGAACUCACCCUGGGAAGGUCUGCAGAGGAGGUCAGGUAGUCUCCUUGGGUGAUGGGAUCACAGUGGAGGGGAAGGUCUUGUUGAGUUCACCAACUAACUCAGACCAACUGGAAACCAAGUGGUGGUUCUAAGGAACCAACUAGUAUAGGAUGAGUUGCAUUGGUGAGGUCUGUCUUCUUUGCAGUUCUAUCUACAGAGUUAACACAGUGAUGGCUCAUAGUUGGUGCUCAGUAAACGUGUGUGAAAUGAAUUAAUGCCUAGAAAAGGAAUGGGAUGGUGCUAAUCCUCCAGAAAUUUGCCACCUUAAAUGCCAACCAAGUUGUCCAAAACCUUGGCUUAUGGAAAAAUCUCCAGUAGGGGGCACUGUGGACACAGUCCACCAUAUGCUUCUCAGGGGGUGGUGCAGCAUCCAGUCACAAAAGAGAUGAGAUUGAGGUGUCCUGCUUAUGUGUGCGGAGGAGGAUCUUGGGGAUCAUAUACCUUUGGCUUGGAACAAUAGCCCUGUAAAGCUGCACAGAAACCAUAUGCUGCGGUCCCGACUGGUGAUAUGGCUCCAGCCAUGUGGCUCACCCCGGAGGGAAAGCAGGAAAAUAGACCUUCAGAAAGGAAAUGUUGCCUGGAUGCAAGGAGAGAAUCCCACAGACCUUCCAGACAUACAGGAGCCAUGUGGCUUCCUAGGAAGCUGUGAGCAUCCUGGGAAGCCAGGCAUUGGAAGACUGACAGAAAUACAAAAUUUUCCUCAUUAAGGGGUAGGGAUGGAAAGGCACAGAACACUGGCAACAUAUGAAACAAAUGGGAAGUAUAGUCUUGAGCUAAUUUAGAGGUAAAAUCCCCAGCACUGUAACUGUGACCCGAGAAGCCUAAUGAAUCCCGCAGAAAGCGCCACUCAGCACUGAGAGAAAGGGUUCUUGAUUAACUACAGAUCUUAAGAAAUCAGGAACACUGUGAAAGAUACAACUACCAUCCCCCACCUCCCACUGGACUAUGACAAUUCACUUGAUUAAUCGUUCUUUUUCCUGUUUGGAACUUUCUAGGUUGUGCACGUUGAACUUUUUCUCAGGUUGUUCAUGGGUGUGGGGGACUGUCAACACCCAGGCCCAGAGGGAACAAGAUAUUAUGCUCACCCCUGCUGUACGGGUGGAAGGAGAGUGCUGUUCAUCUGGGUAGGGAAAAAGGGAGUAGAAAACCUCUUUCAUAUUCUUAGCACCUAAAAAGUGAUUGAGGAAGAAGAGACCUGGGUCGAGUGCUGGCUCUUCCAUUAAAUAGCUGUGUGAUCUUGGUCUAGCUCUCUAAUCUCUUUGAACUUCAGUUUCUACAUCAGUAAAAUGGGGAUAACGAUAUCCGCCAUGCCCACUUCACAGGGUUGCUGUGAGGACUGGGUGAGAAGCAUAGAGAAGUAUUUUGUAUUCUGUAUAUCAUAAGCUCAAAUCUGAGGUAUUGGUUGGGGGAAAAGUUCAACUGACUCAUACUAACCUAAUAUUCUUCCAUCAGUGUAAGCUUGAAUGGGAUGUUAUAUGCACGUAUUGUGAGGUAAAAGCUCAAGAAUGUCUGGGUAGAGCUGUUACCGUCUUCUCCUUUGGAGAAGGCUGUUUUAUUUUGCAUUCCAGAAGUUAUCUGAAGAAGCCAUAUGCUAAGACACAACUGAGACUGUAGGAACUGAAGGGACCAAUGGCCAGAUCGCUAAGACUCAGCGCUAUUCUUAAAAGCCAGCUGAGAAUCAGAAGGUACUAAUGAAGAAUUGAUAACCAUAGACUUUUAGAAGAAGUUCAAAAUGGUGAGAGUGAUCAAAUCUCUUGAUAAUUUAGGGAAAAUAUAAUUUGGGAGUGAAUAGCUCUCCUUUUACUAGUCUUAUUAUUACUGUGUCUAUAAAGCCAUGUCAUAUAACAAAUCUACAGAGGUAAAAUUCCACAGGGGCAAGAAGCCCAAGGGAGAAGUUGGAAAUCUUCCAAGAAAACUGGUGAGGUUGGUGACCUGAGCUGGGUAGGGUUCAGAGGUGAGUGACCAUCAAGGUGUUCGACCAUCUCUCUUUGGCAGGUCGUCUGGAAACUAGAGCUAUCCCAUAAGGUAAGCAGGAGUUUGGACAGGGGCACAGAGUUCUGUUUUGGGGAGAAUGUGGUCUUGGCCUAGCUGGGGCAGAAAGCUGCCAGAGAGAGCACUCAGAAAGAUGUUCCUAGCAAGAGAGUGACCAAGUUCCGAUGCAGGCUUAGGAGGAUUGGUAACUUGACCAGAGGAAACAGAACCAGCCUACCCAGCUAGUUCAUGAAUCUAGUGUAAUUAAAUGGAUCAGGAUAAAAGCAAAAAUAGAUCUUCAAGGGACCACAGAUGCCUUUGGUUGGAGAAGUAGUGAAGGUGCAUCAGGGUAAGGCUGGACCUCACCUGAAGCCCCAGGUGAGGAAUCUUUGGAACCAAAUAGAGAAGGGCCUGUAUACAAGAGGCAAUCAGGAAGUAGGUUUUGAGAAGUUUUAGAAGGUGGCCUGAUUUAUCUCCAGAGAAAGUUUGAACUGGCUGGCUUAGCAGCCAAGAGAGACAGGGUUGAAACAGAAUUGGGGCCUCGGUCCCAUGGUGUCAGCCCAGCAGAUUUCUCUUCGUUGCAAUGGGCUGAAAAAUCUGUGCUGUAAACGCUUUCAUUUCUUUGAUUGUGUACUUUAUAUCUUUCUUCUGUUUCUUAAUAAAUUCCUUUUAAAAAUUUGAA